ACUUUAAGUUUAUAUAUUACUACACACAUCAAGGUACGGAGUUACGUAGUUCCAGCUGUAUGAUAACACUUGAUGUUAGUGUCUAACGAAUGGAACAAAGAACGAUAAAAGGUCGUGCAUAGCCAGUCGCUUACCCGAGCACAAAUCAUUCACAAAAUGGAAAUCUCAUUCUGGCGGUGUCAUAUAUAUGAGCGGAGUAAUAACGCUAAAACUUACAAGCCUUUUAAUUCGGACGAUAUCCAAGCCGGUUGCCAAUGCCAUAAAGUUCCAAUCACGGCAAUCGCCAUUCUUGAAGACCAACUUCGUCCGGUUUGGUCAAUUCAUCAACAAAAUUGAUAUGAAACUUCGUAACAACUCAAAUGUCAAAGUUAGACCCUUAAAUGAUAAUAAGGCCAUCGAGUUGGGUAGUAACUUUCUUAGUGAGUUGUUUGUGUUCAGCAUUGCGGCGGGACUUAUUAUAUAUGAGUCGGUAAAGCCCAAGAAACUGGUGUCCCAACCAGUGGAGAUACCUCCAAAGGCAGAAGGAGCUACAGGUAGUAUAAAUAAAAGCACUUCCAAGGCGGAUCCCAAGCCCCAAGAACCACAGAAAUCAAAGGUUAAAGACACUAAAGUUGAUGAUGAGACUAACUCCAAGUGGAUUGGAAAAGUUGAAGAGCUCCAAACAACGGUGAGUACGUUGGCACAAGAAGUGAGUCAGUUAAAGAGUCAGAACUCAACUAUCCUUGAGGAGUUAAAGCAAUUGAAACCUGUAAAUAGCACUAUUAGUCAUGUAAAUAAGCAAUAGAUCAAAAUAGACCAAG